GGAAAAGAUACUGGAGUAUUCAGUUCCUCUAUCGCAGUGGUCACCAGCCAGUAGAUGGGGAUCUACUGGUAGAUCUUGGAGCCUCUGACAGUUCCCACAUCUUGGAAUAUUCCAAAGUCAACAUGAAUCAAUCACAGACUGUAUGCUAAAACAAGUACAAAAUCCAGAAGAGGUUCAGUAUAUUGAGAAGAGAUUGCCUCUAGUAUACAAAAUUCGAGAACAGAAAGCAGUAAAAAAACACUUUCCAUUUUCAACCCAUGACAACAGGCAUUGUUUACAGAAUGUAGGAGAGUACUUUGAUUUUAGUUUAGGACGAAAGAAGAUUGAACCGGAAAGAAGCCAACAGACUUCACAAAACUUUUGUCUAUGGGCACAUGAAUAUAUUCCUAGCAAUCAUGAUGGUUUUACCAUUUAUCAAACAUCAUUCAUAGGGCACCAAGAGACGGAGCGUCCUUUUUGUAGACGAUAUCCAAAGCAGCACUUAGAAAGGUGCUAUAUUUAUAAAUCUAUUCCCGAGAAUGAAAAACAAAUGUAGUCUAACCACCAUGUUAAUUGCAGGACUCCUUCUUUAGUAACUACUGAGACUGAUUAAUAUCCUUUCUCUGAAUCCGAACUACUUUUAUCCCUCAAAAACAUGAUGGAAUAAACAUCUGUGUAAAAUGGAUACUGCAAUACAAGUUGCAAAUAGGUCUGAUUUACAGUUGGCAGGUUGAUUGAAAUUAGCAAUUGUCUUGCUGUUUGCAAAUUCUUUAGCUUUACUAAAAACUAAAAUUACUAUGAAAAUGUAAGUUACAAUAAAGUAAGUUGUAAUGAAUCACAAUAACAUUGGGAAGUAAA